AUGGAAGGCUCUGUUAAGGACGAUUUGACACCGGAACUCAUCGAUGCUGCUGUUGCGUUUGUGGAGGAAGCUGCUCGGUCUGAGAAGAAUAUGAAAAAAAGAGUUUACUACAAUGAACGUGGCACCUCUGUGACUGUGGAGAGUAUACGACCGAUUAUCGAUGCUUAUCAGACACAUUUGGCUCUGCGCGUUGGUCAUGAUCGGCACCUCUGUCCAGCCUGGAGGUCCAAAUACCUUGUUGAUCGUGCUAAGGCACGAGACAACUCUAAACCAUCGAAAUACAACAUGGAUAGUGCGCUGAGCAGAGCUGGAGCAGUACGUAGGGUUCUGGACGAGUAUACCGUCCGUGAUAAGCGACUAGCAAUAGCAAUUGAUAUGGAAGAGGCAAACCGUAUUACACCUGGCAAAUAUCCAGACGUCACUAAGUGGCCUAUCAUACCUCAGAUCGACAUGCCAUUACAAGAGGACGGGAACUCUUGUGGCCUUUUUGUGAUUCAAGUUAUGGAGCGUUGGGACGGGGAUCGAUGGACCGCCGAUUUUACCCAGGGCACCAGUAAUGCAAGGAGAAGGCAUCUGGUCGCCGAGUUGGUUCUCUCGCCUACCAACACGCUUGAAUGUGUGAAGAACAAAAUCCGCGACAUCGCAAAGAAAAGCAAGGCGUGA